AAGUGCUUUUUCCAACCAUGGUUUUUAACCAGUCAAUGAAGUUUGUUCUUGCCCUCUCUUUUCUUGUCCUGUAUUUUAAUUCCAUUAAUUUGCAUGCCCUUAACAUUGGUGUCCAAGCCACAGAUGCCUCCAUUGUUCUGAGUAAAGAUUGCAGCAGAGAAUGUGAGUCAGAGUUCUGUACAGUGCCUCCAUUUUUGAAAUAUGGGAAGUAUUGUGGGCUUUUAUACAGUGGAUGCCCAGGGGAGCAACCCUGUGAUGGCCUAGAUGCAUGUUGUAUGAAGCAUGAUAACUGCGUUCAAUCCAAAAACAAUGACUAUCUAAGCUCAGAGUGCAGCCAAACGUUCCUAAAUUGCAUGGCAGAGUUCAAAAACAAGGGAGGGAAAACGUUUAAGGGGAACAAAUGCCAUGUUGAGGAUGUUGUGGAAGUUAUAACCCUUGUCAUGGAGGCUGCUUUAGUUGCUGGAAGAUAUCUCCAUAAGCCUUAACACCGCAGCAGCUACCCUCUAGUCAUUUCUAAUUGUUUCACAACUUCGUUUUCUUCUUCUUUUUACAUGUUCUUUCUUCCUGCAUUUUACUUAAAUCGAGAAAAAAAAAAUUUAUUCUGAAUUCUCAAACAAAUGCAACAAAUUUUCAUAGAAAGAUGUGAAGAAUGUAAACUUGUGCUUAAAUUUUGCAGAUAGCCAGGUUGAGAUGGUGUUGUUAUCCAUUUCCCCUUCUCUAA